UCAGCUCAUGGGAGGCCACCCUCUGAAAACUUUGGUGGUGCGUUUUGAAUUCAACACUUUUUUCAAGGAGCUAGAUGAGUCUCUCGCCAGGGACAUUCAAGUUUGCACUGUAAAGUCUUUUUUGAAAGAAAGAUUGUAUGAACAGAUUCCUUUCUCUUUAAACAGCUUAUAAAAACUCGAACAGGUUCAUAAGAAAAUCUUGACUGUGUUCUUCCCUGUAAAUACCAGCAUAGUGGCUGGGCCAAAGGCAUGUCACAGACCAAGCGGAAAACCACCAGUCUGUCACUAACCAUUGGAGCCCCAGCCAACGAAGAGUUCAGCAGCAACAGCAAAGCAGGGCAGAGCUAUUCCACUUUAAUUCAGCCAUUAUCCAUUGAUCCUCAAAGAAUGCAGAAUCAAUCAAAAAACCAGUCUGGAUCUACCUAUGAAGCAGCCCCUAUGUUUAUAAAGGGCCUCCAGAAUAUUAAAACCAGCAAUGGCCAGCUAGUAGUAUUUGAAUGUCGAAUUCGAGCAUCACCUACUCUUCAGGUCCGCUGGUACAGAGAACAUAAUCAAAUAAUUGAUUCUGCAGACUUUCGAAUAUUAAGGAAAAAGGCUUGCUUAUCAAUGGUGCCUGAGGAAGUUUGCACCUUGGUAAUUACAGAAGCCUUUCCUGAAGAUUCUGGAAUAUUUAAAUGUGUUGCUGAAAAUGAGUUUGGCACAGUGGCAUCCAGCGCAUGCCUUUUUGUUUCCCAAGGAACAGAGAUAGAAAGUUUCAACGAAGCUCCUUCAUGGUUAGAUAUGCCAAACACUGCACUGGGAAGAGAUGUACAGAACAAUCCUGGUAGUGUAAUGCCACAAAAUCCCUCUGGUUCAGCAGAUCAAGAGGAAUAUGGAAGUUUCUGGUGGCAGAACGAUGGCAAUAAGAACAAGGAUUCAGAGGGUUCAUACCCAUGGGAUUAUCAUCAUCAAGAGAGCCACUCUUUGCUGAGGCAGGCGCUCUUGUCCAGCCAGGAACCUAGCCAAGAAAGGCCACAAAAUUUACCAUCCAGUUCUUACCAGGCACCUACUCAAUACUCAUUGUCACCUUCUAUAACACAGGACAAUUGUGAAAGCAUCCCCAUGAGUGUCAGUAACCUCCCAUCUGUGUCCUCUAUGUAUCAACCAAGCAUGUUUAACUAUGAGCGUCCAAAACACUUUAUCCAGUCUCAGAAUACCUAUCAAGGGAAAGCACAACCGCCAGGACCAGAAGCUUCCACUGCUCCCCCAAGCAGGCAAACCAAGCAGUCUUCCAUUCUAAUCCAGCCUUGUAACCCUAACGAGAAGAAGUUUUCCUCCUCUUCAUCACUGAGCUCGCCAAUCUCACUCUCUUCACCUUCAUAUAGUGCUUCAUUCCCCGUAACACCCGCGUCUGCGCAGUCUCCUGCUAGCUCAACAUCUGGGCAGAGGAUUUCAUCCAUGCAUAACCAGUCCCCUGCAGCAUUCCUUUGCUCCGUGUUGCCCUCCCACUUUGAUUAUAAUAGCCAAGGUCCACCCUCAGUGGAGUCAAACAGUUAUUCAAAGCCUAUGUAUAAGAAACAAACCAGUAGCCCCAAACAAGUGCAGAAGACUUCUGACAGAGAGAUACAAGGAACAAAAGACGCCCUCAUUCAAGACUUGGAAAGGAAACUCCGAUGUAAAGAUAACCUUCUCCAUAACGGGAACCAACGUUUAAGCUACGAGGAGAGAAUGGCUCGCAGGUUACUAGGACCAGAAAAUGCUGCAUCUGUGUUUGAACCACAGAGUGAAGAAAAUGCACAGGAUACACAACAGCAGAACUUGGAAAGCUCACGCCUGCAAGUUCCAGCAGCCCAAGUAAGGAGCAGGCCAUCUUCAAGAGGGGAACGGAGUGAGCAAGGCUCAAUCCAGGAAAAGUUUUUCCAACCACGUUUCUUGCAAGUGCCUGAAGAUAUAACAGUUGAAGAAGGACGAUUCUGCAGGAUUGAUUUCAAGGUGAGUGGGCUACCAACUCCAGAUGUGGCAUGGUACUUAAAUGGAAGACAGGUCCACCCAGAUGAUUUUCAUAAAAUGAUUGUGUCUGAAAAAGGCGUCCACUCAUUCAUUUUUGAAGUUGUCCGAGUCUAUGAUGCAGGAACAUGGGAAUGUGUGGCUUAUAAUCGUGCUGGAGAGGCAUCCUUCACAGUAAAACUAGAUGUCAUUGCCCGAGAACAUCGGAAAGCCCCAGCUUUCAUCUUUAAACCACAAAGCACAAGAGUUUAUGAGGGGGAUUCAGCCAGAGUUGAAUGUCAAGUGUCUGCUAUUCCUCCACCACAGAUCUACUGGAAAAGAAAUAAUGAAAUGGUACAGUUCAAUACAGACAGAAUCAGUAUGUUUCAUGAUACCUCUGGGAAAGUGUGCUUGCUGAUCCACAAUGUAAAUAAAAAAGAUGCUGGUUGGUACACAGUGUCUGCAGUCAAUGAGGCAGGAGUGGCAACAUGCCACGCCAGAUUGGAUGUUGCAACUCACACAUACAAGCCAAUACCAAAUCCAAAGCCACUGAAGGUUCGACCAACUUUUAGCAAAUACUUAGCACUCAAUGGUAAAGGUUUGGAUGUGAAACAAGCUUUCUUGCCCGAUGAAGGAGAAUUUCAGCGUAUGGCAGCACAGUCUGGACUCUACGAGAGUGAUGAACUGUAAUGAACAACUAUAAGUAAAAAGACAUCUCUUGAUCCUGUGACACACUUAAGAGCAUCACAGAGAGGCAAUUAAGUGAUGGUUGCACUUAUUAGCAAACAUGCAUAAUAUAUUUUUAUUUAUAAUUUAACUUGCUCUCACUUUCUGCUGUUGUGAUUUUACCAAGAUCGGUUUUUAUGAAAUGUGUGUGACUGUAGCAGAAGAAAAUUUCAAAGGUUUGUACUUUUUAAGUUUAAAGGCCAAGAAACUAGGCCAGUAGAUGAUCAUGAAAGUGGAGAUGGCUUGAACAUAUCUAGAUUCAGUCACCAGGUUUUUAUUUGUACUGCUUUGUUAAUAUUACUCUCCUUACUAUUAAAAUUUCUGCAGGCUGACUACUAAACAUGAACGUGAGUGUUUUUAAUGAGUUUUAUGUCCAAUGCAAAUAAAGUUUUAAAUAUAA